AUGACUUCACCCACCUACCAGCGCACACCGUUGGACAAGCGGCCAGAUUUCACCAAGAUCCUUUGUGUGGCAGGCUUUUACUGCAUCAUCUCAGGAGCGCUGAAUGGCGUGGCAGUCCAGGAGCUUGGCACCCCGGUGGGCUACACGUCUGGUGGUAUGGUGAAUUCAGGCCGGUUCUUUGCCACAGGCAACAAGGAGGCUCCAAAGAUUUUGGCCAUGUGUGCAUCAUUCUACUGCGGAGGCCUGAUUGCUGGGAUGUGGCCAAGCGGCUGUGAUGGCGACCACAUCUUCGAAGGCCGCCCCUCGCCAGGCAUGAUCCUUUCGGCCGCCAUGAUCUUCAUUGGCGCCUAUGCGAAGAAGGUCCUCAACCGCCCAACCUUCUGCAUGCAGAUUUGGGCACUUGCCCAGGGUCUGAUGAACGCCACUUCCAGCAGCUUCAGUGCAGUGCCGAUGAGGGCGACCCACACAGCCGGUGGGCAGACGGACGCCGCCAUAAGCCUCGGCAAGGCAAUUGUGGAGUGGUGGCACGGACGGAAGCCUGCGUGCCAGCGCAAGGUGUACCUCAACGCCAUCUGCUGCGCUGGAAUGAUCCUGGGUGGAAUGCUGGCUGGGAAGUAUCACAAGAAGUUCGGCACCUUCUCAGCCCUGGUCCCCGCCGGGGCGUUGUUCAUGUCCGCGACGCUGCUCCCGAAGAUGAUCGCACCAGAUGAGCCUCCCAAGAAGCAGUGA